GGACUGAAGACAGCCAAUCAGAGCAGCUCUGAACAAAUGAAUGUUGGUCGUCAGAAACAUAAAAUCAGGCUGAAGGGGACAUUUGAACGUGUGACUGAAGGAGCUGAAACAGGAAGUGAAACCCUCCUCAACAGGAUCUACACUGUCCUCUACCUCAUAGAGGGACAGAGUGAAGAGGUUAAUACCCAACAUGAGGUGAGGCAGCUCGAGACAGCUUCCAAGAAGAAGAUCCUCCAUGACUCCCCAAUCAAGUGCUGCGACAUCUUUAAAGCCUUACCUGACCAACAGAAACACAUCAGAGUCGUUCUGACGAGCGGGGUCGCUGGCGUUGGAAAAACCUUCUCAGUGCAGAAGUUCUGUCUGGACUGGGCCGAGGGUUUGGAAAACCACGAUAUCAGUCUGGUGAUUCCUCUUUCCUUCAGGGAGCUGAACUUGAUCAAAGAUGAGCAGUACAGUCUUCUGGAGCUGCUCCGUGUUUUCCAUCCAACAUUACAGGAGGUCCCAGCAGAGCAGCUCGCUGGCUCUAAAGUUCUCUUCAUCUUUGACGGCCUGGAUGAAAGCAGACUUUCACUGGAUUUCAACAACAAUGAGGCUGUUUCUGAUGUCACACAGAAGUCAUCAGUCAAUGUGCUGUUGACAAACCUCAUCCAGGGGAAGCUGCUUCCCUCGGCUCUCGUCUGGAUAACUUCCCGACCUGCAGCAGCCAAUCAGAUCCCUCCUGAGCGUGUUGACAGGAUAACAGAAGUACGAGGCUUCACUGAUGCCCAGAAGGAGGAGUACUUCAGGAAGAGAGUCAGUGAUGAAGAGCUCUCCAGCAGAAUCAUCUCCCACAUCAAGACAUCCAGGAGCCUCCACAUCAUGUGUCUGAUCCCAGUCUUCUGCUGGAUCACUGCUACAGUUCUGGACCACAUGUUGACUACAGACCAGAGAGGAGAGCUGCCCAAGACCCUGACUGACAUGUACUUACACUUCCUGCUGGUUCAGACAAAGAGGAAGAAGCUCAAGUAUGCUGAGGGACAUGAGACGAGUCCACAGGAGCUGAUGGAGGCUGACAGGGAAGUUGUUCUGAAGCUGGGGAGGCUGGCGUUUGAACAGCUGGAGAAAGGAAACAUCAUGUUCUACCAAGAAGACCUGGAGCGCUGUGGUCUGGAUGUCGCAGAGGCCUCGCUGUACUCAGGAGUUUGUUCGGAGAUCUUCAAAAGAGAAAGUGUGAUCUUCCAGAAAACAGUCUACUGCUUCGUUCAUCUGAGCGUUCAGGAGUUUCUGGCUGCAGUCUACCUGUUCCACUGUUACACCAACAGGAACACACAGGUACUGAAGGACUUCCUGGGAGAAGGCUUCAAGCGCAAAAAAACCCCUUUUCUCCAGAGGUUUAGUGGAAAGAAAGAUAGCCAUGGUGACAGUGAACAUGAUAAUCACCCAUCCCUGGAUGUCUUCCUGAUGAAAGCCAUGGAGAAAUCCCUUGAAAUUAAAAAUGGCCACCUGGACCUGUUUGUCCGCUUCCUUCAUGGCCUCUCUCUGGAGUCCAACCAGAGACUCUUAGGAGGCCUGCUGGGUCAGACAGAUAACAGUCCAGAAAUCAUCCAGAAAGCCAUCAACAACCUAAAGCUGAUGAACAGUUAUGAGAUCUCUCCUGACAGAAGCAUCAACAUCUUCCACUGUCUGACAGAGAUCAACGACCACUCAGUCCAUCAGAAGAUCCAAGAGUUCCUGAAGUCAGAGAACAGAUCAGAGAAGAACCUCUUUGAGAUCCACUGCUCAGCUCUGGCUUACAUGCUGCAGAUGUCAGAGGAGGUUCUGGAUGAGUUGGACCUGGAGAAGUACAACACAUCAGAGGAGGGACAACGGAGACUGAUUCCAGCUGUGAGGAACUGCAGAAAAGCUCGGAUUAUUAACUGUGCACUCUCUGAGACUGACUGUGAAGUCGUGGCCUCAGCUUUGAAGUCCAACCCCUCCCAUCUGAGAGAGCUGGAACUGAGUUACAACAACCUGAAGGAUUCAGCAGUGGAGUGUCUGUGUGCUGGACUGCAGAGUCCAAACUGUAGACUGGAGACUCUGAGACUGAGUGGCUUUAACCUGUCAGACAGAAGCUGUGAAGCUCUGUCCUCAGUUCUCAGCUCCCAGUCCUCUAGUCUGAGAGAGCUAGACCUGAGUAACAGCAACUUGCAGGAUUCAGGAGGGAAGCUGAUCUCUGUUGGACUGAAGAGUCUACACUGCACACUGGAGACUCUCAGGUCAGAUCAAGUACAAUAA